CUUUCUCUCUCUCUCUCUCUCUCUCUCUCUCGCAUCACUGCAAAAGAAAAAACUGUCAUUUCCAUAUUCCUCUCCCUCUCUCUCAAGAGAAAGAGAAAACUAGGGUUUGCAAUGAGUGGGUAUAGAUUUUACCAGAGAGCCUCUAGAACCUUUCAUGACUAUCCUUCACUCUCUAAACUCGCUCUUCUCUGCACUGUCAGUGGUGGAGGUCUAUUGACUCUUUCUGAUGCCAGACCAUUCCAUGGUGCUUAUGCUGAUGCCAUUCAUACCGAUCAAAAGAAAAAGAGGGUGGUAGUACUUGGAACUGGCUGGGCUGGCACAAGUUUUCUGAAAAAUCUGAAAGAUUCUUCGUAUGAAGUUCAGGUGGUGUCACCUCGUAAUUAUUUCGCAUUUACUCCUUUGUUACCAAGUGUUACAAACGGCACAGUGGAAGCACGCAGUGUUGUCGAACCAAUUCGCAGCAUUGUUAGGAAGAAACCAUUUGACGUUCAACUUAGGGAAGCUGAAUGUCUCAAGAUCGAUGCAGUGAACAAAAAAGUCUAUUGUCGAUCCACUCAAGAUACCAAUUUGGGUGGGGAAGUAGAAUUUACAGUGGAUUAUGACUAUUUGGUGAUAGCCAUGGGAGCCCGUUCUAACACAUUCAACACUCCUGGUGUUGAGGAGAAUUGCCAUUUCUUGAAGGAAGUAGAAGAUGCUCAGAGAAUCCGCAGGACAAUAAUUGAUUGCUUUGAAAGGGCAACCCUUCCAACUAUAAGUGAAGAAGAAAGAAAGAGAAUUCUACAUUUUGUAGUUGUUGGCGGUGGUCCAACAGGAGUGGAAUUUGCAGCUGAGCUUCAUGAUUUUGUCAUUGAUGAUUUGGCAAAGUUAUAUCCUACCGUUAAAGAUCAUGUCAAAAUAACACUUCUUGAGGCUGCAGAUCAUAUAUUGAACAUGUUUGACAAAAGAAUUACUGCUUUUGCUGAAGAAAAGUUCCAAAGAGAUGGCAUUGAUUUGAAAACAGGGUCGAUGGUUGUAAAAGUAACUGACAAGGCAAUCUCUACUAAAGAAAGAGCAACUGGUGAAAACCGAUCUAUACCAUAUGGAAUGAUUGUCUGGUCAACUGGUAUUGGGACUCGCCCAGUCAUUAUGGAUUUUAUGAAGCAAAUUGGUCAGACUAAUAGGCGUGUUUUAGCAACUGAUGAAUGGCUGAGGGUGGAAGGACAUGAUGGCAUAUAUGCACUGGGUGAUUGUGCCACAAUAAAUCAACGGAAAAUCAUGGAAGACAUUAUGGCCAUAUUUAGUAAGGCAGAUAAGAAUCAAUCUGGUACCCUUACUUUGGCAGAUUUUAACGAUGUCAUUAAGGACAUUUGCGAAAGAUAUCCUCAAGUGGAGAUUUAUUUGAAGAAGAAGCAGUUGAAAAAUUUUGUUGAUAUACUGAAGAAUUACCAAGGAAAUGACCAAAAGGAAAUCAUUGAUAUUGAAUUGUUCAAAGCAGCUCUUUCUGAAGUGGAUGCACAAAUGAAAAGCCUUCCAGCAACAGCACAGGUAGCUGCUCAACAAGGAGCUUACCUCGCCAACUGUUUCAAUCACAUGGAAGAGUGUGAAAAAAAUCCUGAAGGUCCACUAAGGUUCAGGGGAUCUGGACACCACAGGUUUCGCCCAUUCAGGUACAAGCAUUUAGGACAAUUUGCUCCGCUGGGUGGAGAACAAACGGCAGCUCAACUUCCUGGGGAUUGGGUCUCAAUUGGUCAAAGCACACAGUGGCUUUGGUAUUCAGUGUAUGCAAGCAAACAAGUCAGCUGGCGCACAAGGGUGCUGGUGGUAUCUGACUGGGGAAGACGGUUUAUUUUUGGAAGAGACUCGAGUCGAAUCUGAGGCCACAGCUGACACAUAAUCUACCCAAAAUUGCUCCUACCAGCAAGCCUUCCUGUUAUAGGCAUAUAGUAAAGCAAAUUUUUUUCCUUCAAAUAUUUUCAGCAAUUGUUUUCUACCUUAAUAACAUUUAAUUUUGGAUUUUAGAUUUUAGAAUUACAGUGACAUUUUUCUGGUGUUACUUUUCUUGGUUAUGUUUGUCAUUCAACAAUGUCCAUUUAGGUAUGCCACAUGAGUCCUGGUCUCAAGGCCAUAUUGAACAGCCUUUUGAAAAAUUUGUAACGGAAGAAUGCAA